UUAGUAUUUGUACUUUUACUUACAGUACAAUAUCUUAGUCCUUCCUCCAACACUGUGUAUGAUAAACAUAAAUAUUAAUUCAAAAUGUGGACAGUGAUUGGGAAUGUAUUAAGUAAUGCUUUACAUCAUGUGCUCUGAGGAUUGAACAAAUGAGAAAGAUCAUCAUGUGACACACACCUUCACAUCACCUGCCACUGAUGUCAUGUAUGGAGCUAUAAGCACACGUGGUCCUCCGUUCAGUUCAGUUCAAAUCCAGUCCAAGGUUUAUUAGCCUCCAUCAUUUGUUAACACAAACAACAUUCUUUACCCCUGACCCACUGGAGCUCACAGUAUGUGCUUUCUAAAAAGCAGAACGUAUCAUAUUUCCCUGAGAAGUAGUGUAUAUGUUUACCUUUACCCUGUCAUGUAAUUAAGCUAAAUGUGAUCUUAACAUGUUAUAAUAACAGGUAAACAGUCCUCUGUGAUCAUAGAGUUGAAGUGUCAUGAGUAGGGUGAUGUAAUGCUUUUAUGAUCUGUCAUGGGAAACCUGAUAGCAGAAAUGUUUCACUCAGAUGUUUAACUUUAUGAGAGUUAUAUGGUUAAUGGUAAAACCUGGAAGGGGGUCUCUCUCCUGGAGCCUCAGGGACUGUGUUUAUAAGGAAGAGAAUCCCCUCUCGAGCACCAGAGUGUUUGUGGCUGCCUGACAACAGACAGUGGAAGCCAUAAGAAUGAAACUCUUAAUACUGUCGUGCCUCCUUGCAGGCUGCCUGGCUCAGGAGCCUCGACCAUGCUCAAGUCCUCGUCUUCUCACCGGAGCCCUCACUAUGUCCACACAGAAGGAAAAUCUGUGGGUCUAUGCCAAGUACCUGUACGAUGCAAUGGGACAGCGGAUCAGACUCAUGGAGCUGGGGACCUAUGAGAAUAAGACGUUCAGCUACGACGUUCUCCUGCUCUACAGAGAGGCUACCGUGUAUGAGAUCCACAGGCACAACCGCACAUGCAACAAAAGGCCUCUGAAGGGAGACUUCCAACCCAUGGUUAUCCCAAAAGAUGCGUCUCUGUUGGGCCAGGUUAUUUUAGGCAGCUCUUCCGGACCUGGAGAAGGACUCCUGGUCAACACUUGGACGGGGGAUCUCCCCGAGAAAGCAGGGAAGUUCAUGAGCACAGUCACUGAAUUUGGUUGCAUUCCUGUCACUACUGUGUUCCACACCGACCAGUUUGGAUGGGUGAUGUUUAGCUACUUUGACAAUGUCAUUGGGAUUUUGGACCCCCAAGAGCUUAACCCUCCAGCCUACUGCCAGCACGCGGAGAUGAAGGCCGGUGAUGAGGAGCCAGUGGACUUCUUCAGCUUGUUCAAUAACAAGCACUGAGGGACACCUUUAACAUACCAUUUCAAAUUAAACAAAUAGAUCAUAGCCUUUUUCAUAUAACAUUUACUCCUGAAAAAAAUGUCAACAAAAUGAUGCAACCUAGACAGGUUUUGGAAAACUUUUCUUUUUGUUUUUUUUACAAUUUUCUGUCUUGAAUUUAAGGCUGCAAUUAUGAAUGUUUUCUGAAGUAAAAUCGCCAUGUCACUUAAUCUUGUGAUUUCUAUCAA